CCUCUUCUCAUAAGACGACGCAUCACCACCACCAGCAAAGGAGCACGCGGUCCCGGGAGGCCACCAACGGCGAGUGUGACCGCUUCGGCACCGACCCCGUGGCCACGGCGCCGCGACGCACCACGCGCUACCAGGAGGCCGUCAGCGAGGGCCACGAAGGGGGCGUCGACCCCCCGCGCCACGCACCCAAGACAAGGGACAACCGCCGCUCCGGCAGGAACUCCAGCAGGUUCCGAGAAAUCCCCGAAGAACAACAACCACCUGAAGGACCUGAAGGAGGACCCCGAGCUCAAGUGGAACCAGGAGAACCGCCUGAAGCUGGAGAGCGAGUACGUCUCGGAGGGCCAGACGCUGCUGGAGCCCAUGGUGAAGAGCGAGACGACCCACGAGGAGGAGCGCCGCGAGAAGAAGGCCAAGGUCAAGCUAAAACACAAGAUGGCGGCGAAGGAAGACGCGACCGGCACCACCGUACAAAACAACAUCCGGCCUCUCGAGGUCGACGCCCAAGUACAAGAUCUGGAUGUGAACCAGCAGCUGCAGCAGCACCAUCACCAGCAACAGCAACAACAGCAUCAACUGCAGCAACAACAACUGCAGCCUCCACAGCAACAACUGAUACAGCUACAACCUUCACCACCGCAACAACAACAAAUACAGCUGCAACAGUCGCAAUUGCAAGCGCAACAACUACAGCAGCAACAGCAGCUGCAGCAGCAACUCCUGGUGGAAGAGGUCGACUGCCACACCAACCCAGACAUG